GGAGAUAUUUCCCAAUUCGAUAUGACACUAAAUAAUCGCGAUAACUUCCUUUUAGUUGAUGCACAUACUAUGACAUGGUAUUCAGCCUAUAAAAUUCUGUUCACAUCACCGAAAGUAGAAAGAUUCAAUGAGGCUGUUAAAUGGCCAGGUUUUACUCAAUACUUUAUGCCAGUUUGGGAUCAAGAAGAAAUCAUUACGCUUUGGGCCCUCCAAUAUAAGAAUAAGAAAAAUAAUGAAGACAAAGAGCUCACACUUGAGUUAGUCGGGUCCUUGUUGGAUAAGUGGGGCCCAAUACCUAGAUCAGUCCUUUUAAAGUGGGACGAUGAGACAUAUCAGAAGAAAUAUGAUAAUUUGAUUGCUCAAGCCAACUUAGAACAAUGUAUAAACUCUAUUGAUAAUGCAGGAAUGCCUACAAAUACAAUUAGUGGUAAACUCGUACAUCUCGAUGUAAAAUCAAACUUUAAGGAAGUUGUGUAUCGCUUUGCUUCUCCGAUGGUAUCUAACAUAUUGAUCCAGGCAUAUCAAACUAAAACAAGGAGUAGCGUUCGCGAUUUUAUCAUAAGCAGUCAUGAACAUCCAAUGGUCGCUGGAUUUAGAGGCAAUCUCUUCGAAGAUUAUGCCCAUCUGGAAUUACAAAGGGGUGAUGUAGACGAAGUAAAUAUCAAGGAGAUGGAAUGUAACUGGUUCACGGCACUGAAUGAAGCACGUAAGGGAUAUUAUAACAGACCAAAAUCAAAGACAUUCGCAUCGAUUGAUUCUUUUAGCCUCGAUAACAAAACCUUGGACUUGUACCAAAUUACUGUCUCAAAGAACCAUGGCGUGAAG